AUAAGCUUAUCUUCGUUAUCAUUAACCCCUUUUCCAUUGAAGCAUGGAAAUGAUGAUCUACCUUCUUCAGAAUUCCAAAUCAUUUCUUCUGUUCUUCAUCACAAUUCUUGUACAUAAUUCCGGCUCCAUCAUUUGCCAGCCUACCUACAAUUAUCACAGUUGUUUAGGUGCAAAUUUUUCCUCAGCAAGUUUCUAUCAAUCUAACCUUCAGUCCCUGAUGGGUUCUCUAUUCUCUAAAUCUUCACUCAACAGCUUCUACACUGACUCUUUGAAUGAAACCUAUGGCUUGUUCCUCUGCAGAGGUGAUGUCAAUAGCACCACUUGCCAAACCUGUGUCAAAACAGCUACCCAGUCUCUUCCACAGCGGUGCCCUUCUUCUAAAGAAGCUGUUAUUUGGUUUGAUGAAUGCCUGUUGCACUACUCGGAUACCAACUUCUCUGGCAUAGUUGCAACUUCUCCUCAGGUGUUGAUGUGGAAUACACAAAAUCAAAACAAUUCUUUCUCUAAUGGGCAGAACUUUGGGGUGCUUGGUUUUGUAUAUACUCUGAUUGAUCAAGCUCAAAAAUCACAACUGCUGUUUAAAGCACAGGAAAAUGUGUCUGAGAAAAGAUAUGGCCUGGUUCAGUGUAGUAGAGAUCUCAAUGGCAGUUCAUCAGUGUUGGUAUUAGUUCUUGCCGGUUUCUUGUUAUUUUCAUCCUGUAGGAAGAAAGGACAGAAAGGAACAGAUGAAGAGAUUCUGUUAAGAAAUUCUCAAAGUUCAAGGCGCAGCCAUAUGAUGGAGGAAGGUAUAAAUGAAGUUAAUGAAGACCACAGUGGAGAGAUGAAUUUCUUUGGUUUAGCUGAAAUACAGGGUGCAACCAACAAUUUCUCUGAUGCAAAUAAGCUUGGAGAAGGAGGUUUUGGUCCUGUUUAUAAGGGGAAAAUGCCUAAUGGAAAGGAAGUAGCAGUCAAGAGGCUAUCAAUGGGAUCGAGUCAAGGUCUUCAAGAGUUCAAGAAUGAAGUGAAGUUAAUCAUUAAACUUCAACACAAAAAUCUUGUGAGGCUUUUGGGAUACUGCUUGGAGGAAGAUGAAAAGCUUCUUGUCUAUGAGUACAUGACCAAUACUAGCUUGGAUGCUUUUCUCUUUGAUUCAACAAAAUGCAAGCUGCUAGACUGGGAGACACGGGAAAAUAUCAUCAAUGGGACUGCAAAAGGCUUGCAGUAUCUGCAUGAGGACUCUAGGCUCAAAAUAAUUCAUAGGGAUUUGAAGGCAAGCAAUAUUCUAUUGGAUGAUGAGAUGAACCCCAAAAUAUCAGAUUUUGGCACUGCUAGAAUUUUUGGAGGCAAACAAAUGGAAGCCAACACUGAGAGAGUUGUUGGAACAUUUGGAUACAUGGCACCAGAAUAUGCACUAGAAGGGUUAUUUUCAGUGAAAUCAGAUGUCUAUAGCUUCGGAAUCCUUAUGCUAGAAAUAUUAAGUGGUAAAAAGAAUAGGGGAUUCUACCACUCAGAUUGUGGACAGAGCCUUCUAACAUAUGCAUGGAAGCUAUGGAAUGAAGGUAAAGCAGUGGAAUUGGUAGAUCCAAACAUUGUCAUUGACUGUCCACUCCACGAAGUUUUAAGAAGGGUGCAAAUUGCAUUGCUGUGCGUUCAGGACGACCCUGCACUUCGCCCCCCCAUGUCAGCUGUUGUUCUCAUGCUUGGUAGCAAGUCAGAAAACCUCCCCCAACCAUCAGCACGGCCAUUUUCUGCAACUAGAUUUACUGCACGGUCUGAUUAUUCUUCAACUAGUGGAGGAAGGACAGGAACAUCUGAUCAAUCUUCAACCUUUUCUACCUAGUUAAAAGAUCAAAUAUUCAGUCGGUCUUACAGGGUAGCUGGCAAUGAAAUUUGACCUUUUCCUUUUCUCCAUUAUAAUACAAAUACCCAUUUUCA